CACCCUAUAAGGACCAAUGUACCCAAUAGCUCAUGGAAGAAAAAAAUCAAGUCAGGACAUCCUUGGUUUCCAGGCUACCGAAAUAUGGAACGAAAACUUUAGGAAAUGUCUUGCAACCUAUGCCAAAUGGGACGGCUGUUAGUUUAGCAGGGAAUAAUGGUGGCAAAAAUUUCAGCAAGCACAAUGGCACUGUUCGUAUGUCUUCCUUUUCCUUCAACUGGAAAAAAUCAAAUAAAUAUCAACUUCAUGAUCAAAAUGGGAGAGAGACCAACUCUAAACAUAACUGUAAUGAAAAAUUAAUCGAUUCUGAGAAGUAUUCUCAAUCUCAAGGAGCAUUGGGUAAUGAUGUGCUCAGGGUGGGUUUGAACAGUACUGCUUCAGUUGCAUCAAAAGCAGCAAAGCAAACCAGUAUGUUUGUAUCUUCUACUGAGGAAUUAAACCCAAAGUCUUUGCCUGGACUCUCUAGUUCAGCAAAAUUCGCCAAAGGUACCCUGUCAGGAAGGACCUCAUAUUCUGGACUCGGUGCUCCAAAAUCACAUUUAAAUGGAUUUUAUGGAAAUAGGCCGGUGGUAGGUUUGCAGAGACCUAGAGCUAAUUCCAGUGCCACAGGGACAAGUUCGGGAGAGAGCCUGGCACAAUCUGCAGACAGUAGCAAGGCUUUUUCCUGUGAAAAAAUGGUAAGAUCACAGAGCUUUUCACAUUCCAUUCAGAAUUCUUUCCUUCCCACUGCAUCUUUAACCAGGUCACAUUCCUUUAAUAAAGCUGUGGAUCUUACAAGGCCUUAUCAUAGUCAAAAUCUAGCUGCCAGGACAUCUCAGAGGUCGACUUUGUUGUCAAGAAAUGCACGUCAGUUGGAUGUACCCAAUGGAAAUGAACCUAUGAAGUAUGGAUUUACCAGGCCCUACUCUGGUAUGUCGGCUCCUUGUUCAAAGAAGCCCCCACUGUCAAAUGGAUCUGGGUCAGCACCUUCUUUUGGAUACAGAUUAAGUCGGCCUUCUCUGCUGAAGCCUACCAGGCAGCGAUUUGCUGGAAAUAUCGUUGUGGAUGGCAGCAGAAGUACAACUCCUGACACAUGCAUCGUGGAGAACUCUGAAAUUUCAACAAACAUUAAUAGAGCAAUUGAGAAAAACAGUAUUAUAGAGAGCAAUGCUCAAAGAACGGAAUCUGAUGAGGGCCUGCAUGAAAGUAUGGAAAAACGUGGGUCAAAAGUCAUGUGUAUGAGCGAUGAUGGAGAUGAAAUAUCUAUAUCUUCUUUGUCAUCCUCUGAAAAAAAUGAUUUGAGUGAAGACUUCAGUGAUGAUUUCAUAGAUAUAGAAGACCAAAACAGAACUAUACAUAUACAGCAAAAGGAGAGCUGCCUUCAAGAGUUAGACGGGAGCAUAACGUCCAUUGAGCCAUUCACUUCUCUCAAGGAAAGUGGAGGAUCUUGCUGUAAUGCUGAUGACUGGCUUGAUAUAAACGUGUCUGCAGUGGAUGACAACAGUGAAAGCACAAAGCAUACUGCCGAGAAUGUGAUUUCUCCAGAGAUUAAUUACAGAGCUGGGUCCUCUUUUGAGCUUUCUCCAUCUGACAGCUCUGAUGGCACGUAUAUGUGGGAUGAAGAAGGGUUGGAACCUAUUGGAAAUGUCCAUCCAUGUGGAAGUUAUGAAUCUUCAGAAAUGAACAGCAUAGAUAUCUUGAAUAAUCUUGAUUCAUGUGAUCUUGAAGAUGAUGAUCUCAUGCUUGAUGUGGACCUGCCUGAGGACCCACCUCAUGACAAAGAGGAAUGUGAGAAUAUGAGCCGUUAUGAUAGACAAGACAGAAAUGCUAGGCCACAUCAGGAAGGAUUCUGGAAAAGAGCACCACAGCAGCGAUGGAAUACACAGGAUCACUAUCAUCUUGGCCAUACUGAUCACUAUAUCCAUGGUAAAAAUGAUUUGAACAGGGGAUCCAACUACCUAGAAUCUCCUAUUGGUCACUUUGAAAGCUAUGGAGCACCAAAUUUUUACCAGGCUCCUAGACAGCUGGUGGGCUUACCGGAGAAUACUGUGAUGCUUGAUGAAAUGACACUUCGGCACAUGGUCCAAGACUGCACAGCUGUGAAAACUCAGUUAUUGAAACUGAAGAGAUUACUACACCAGAAUGAUGAAAAUGUGUCCCUCCAGGACAUCCCACUCUCCGUUCCAUCAAGUCCAGAACCACAAGAACCUGAGUCAACUUUUAAGAUGGAUGACCUGCUGAAUGAGAUCAGGCAGCUUAAAGAUGAACUGAAGAAAAAAGAUGAAAUGAUCAACCAAUUAGAGCAUCAACUUGCCACUAGAUGUAACUGCCAGAAAGACGGUCAAAAACCUACAGGGGCAAUGUGCGCUUAUGCUGAUAAAUUUACGCAAACCUCCUGGAGGAGGAGUUCUGGUGGGUAUUCUGCUCCCUCCUUCUCUCCCUGGCAGGGCUCAUUCCAGGGCAUCCCUCGGACUGUUCCACCGCACCGCAGACAGACCUCAAGUACUACAGCCUUCCAGCAGCCUUCCCAGUUCCACAGACCUCGCCCAGGGAAAACUAAUAAAAAUGCCACAUAUCGAGGCCCACAGUGAAUAUCCUAAACAUGGUCUGCAUGAAAAUAGCAAUCAUCAAAAUCAAAAUGCUGCAAAUGUCUCUCUCACAAAUAGCCUGAAUAAUGUAAACACUUUAAUGAGCAUACAGUUAAACAUAAAAGAUGAGAAUGCAUCAUAUUUGGAAAAUCUGAAAAAUAAAAAUACUGAAGACCCUGGAGAG